AAAAAAAAAUCUUUUUGUCUUAAUACAAACAACAAUGUCUUCAACACAAGCAACAACAGACACAUUACUUGAUUCAGUUGCUCAGGGCUACUCAGAUACAUUUCAAGAGUUCCUUGAAUUUGAUGAGCAUACUGUCAUCUCUGAAAAGGCAUCAUAUAAAGAUAUGAUUCCAGCCAUGCUGUCAAAAAAUCAACGUCGAUUGGUUGUUAGCAUUGAUGCUCUCCGUAAUUUCAACCGUGAUUUGGCCACAGAACUUAUCAACAACCCUGCAGAAUGCUUACCCGCAUUCGACGAAGCACUCACAAAGAUGGUUAAACUUAUCAAACCAGACAUAGAUUUGAGUAUCCCUUAUUAUGUGGGAUUUACAGGAAGCUUUGGUGACAAUCACGUCAAUCCACGUACUUUACGUGCCAUGUACUUGGGUAAAUUCGUGUGCAUUGAAGGUAUUGUCACCCAUUGCUCUCUUGUCCGACCUAAAGUUGUGAAGUCGAUUCAUUAUUCCGCCAAAACAAACACUCAUUUCCAACGUGAAUAUCAUGAUGCCACUACACCUGGUAGCCUCGUUCCUACCGGUGCCGUUUAUCCCACCGAAGAUGAAAAGGGUAAUCCCCUUGUCACUGAAUUUGGUUAUAGUACCUAUCGCGAUCAUCAAUCCCUCAGUAUUCAAGAAAUGCCCGAACGUGCUCCUGCUGGUCAAUUGCCUAGAUCAGUUGAUGUUAUUCUCGAUGAUGAUUUAGUAGAUAGAGCUAAACCUGGAGAUCGUGUUAGUAUCAUUGGUAUCUAUCGUUCUCUCGGUAGCAAAAAUGCUAAUCAAAGCAGUUCUACUUUCAAAACCGUGAUUGUUUGUAACGAAAUCAGCCUUUUGAGUACAAAGGCGGGUGGUGGCAUCGCUGCUCCCAUCAUUACUGAUAAUGAUAUUGUCCAUAUUACCGAAUUGGCUAAAAAGAAGAAUUCUUUCAAAAUCCUCUCUCAAUCAUUAGCGCCUUCUAUUUGGGGUCACGAAUACAUCAAGAAAGCUGUAUUGAUGAUGCUGUUAGGUGGUGUGGAAAAGAAUUUGGAAAAUGGUACUCAUAUCAGAGGUGAUAUCAAUAUGUUGAUGGUGGGUGAUCCAUCCACCGCCAAAUCUCAAAUUUUGAGAUAUAUCUUAAAUAUUGCGCCUCUUGCUAUUGCAACUACUGGUCGUGGUUCUUCUGGUGUUGGUUUAACUGCUGCUGUUACAAGUGAUAAGGAAACUGGCGAAAGACGUUUAGAAGCUGGUGCAAUGGUCUUAGCCGAUCGUGGUGUUGUAUGUAUUGAUGAGUUUGAUAAGAUGAGUGAUGUUGAUCGUGUAGCUAUUCACGAAGUCAUGGAACAACAAACCGUGACAAUUGCCAAGGCCGGUAUUCAUACAUCUUUAAAUGCAAGAUGUAGUGUUGUUGCUGCUGCAAAUCCUAUUUAUGGUAUGUACGAUUUGACUAAAGAUCCUGCCAAAAAUAUCGCACUUCCCGAUUCUCUACUCUCACGUUUCGAUUUGUUGUUUAUCGUUACCGAUUCACUUGAUGAAACUCGUGACAGACAAAUUUCUGAACACGUGUUGAGAAUGCAUCGCUAUGUUCAGCCCGGUACUGAGGAAGGCGCCCCUAUCAGAGAGGCUGUAGACGAUAUUAUUGGUGAAGAGCCUGAAGAAGAUGCCGAUGAAGAGGAAAUUUACGAGAAAUACAACCCCAACUUGCAUGCUGGUGUCAAGCGUACUACAAAGAUCCUUAAAUCUAGUUUUGUGAAGAAAUAUAUCUAUUAUGUCAAAAAUAUUGUUAAACCAGUAUUAACAAAGCGUGCUACAGAUAGAAUUAUCAAUGAAUAUACCUCACUCAGAAAUCAAAAGGAAGACGAUCCUAACAGAAAGAAGACUGCCCCUAUUACUGCACGUACUUUGGAGACUUUAAUUCGUCUUUCUGCAUCACAUGCCAAGUCUAGAUUAAGCGCUACAAUCGAAGAUAAAGAUGCCAAGGCGGCCGCUGAAGUUUUGAGAUUUGCCAUGUUCCAAGAAGUUCUUCGUGUUAAGAAGACUAAACGUAGAAAGGUAGAUGCUGAAUCCGAAGCAGAUUCUGACGAAGAAGAAGAGGAGGAACAAGUUGAGGCUGAAGCCAAUGAAGAUGACGCAAUGGAAGAAGCUGAGAGCUCCAACGCCGUCCCUGCUGCUGCUGAACCCGCUGAGGAUAAUGCAAUGGAUGUGGAUGAAGAUAUGGAGAUCUCGCCCAGGAGAUUGGUUAUAUUUAAAGAAAUAUUGGGUCGUUACUUUGCCCAUAACCCUGAUGCAACUGAGAUUACAUUUGAAAGUGUUCUCCAAGAGGUGAACAGAGAUUUAUCUGGUGAUGAAGCAUUCUCAGUGACAGAAACUGAGACUGCGUUGGUGGAGAUGUCAAAUGAGAACAAAAUUAUGUAUUCUGGCGGCGUUGUUUAUCUUAUUUAAAACCAUAUACAAUUGACAUUAACUAUAUUUCUUCUCAUACUUUGUAAUCAAUCUCACAUAUUAUAAUACACCCACUAUAAAU